GUCUGGCGAAGCCGUGUAUUUUGUCCCUCGUCAGAAGCCGUACGACGUCUUCACGCUGCGACCAGAACUCACAUGUUCACAACAGAGCAGCGAUUCUGAUCAGCCUUUCUCCUUCAUCCCUGUCUUCCUCGGUCAGCCAUGAGUGACAGCGACGAUGACGUCCCGGCGCUGUCCGCUCACACACUGGCCGCCCUGCAGGAGUUCUACAACGAGACCAGCAGCAGCAGCACACCAUCAGACCAGUUCGCUGUGGGAGCAGUGGGGGAGGACUGGAGCAUGAGUCAGUUCUGGUACAGUGACGAGACAGCUGCCCAGUUAGCAGAGGAGGCUGUACGAGAAGCUGGAGAGGGAGGCAGGAUAGCGUGUGUGAGUGCACCCAGUGUGUACCAGAAGCUGAAGCAGGGCACGGUGUCCGGCUCUGAUCGAGUGUCUGCCGUCGUGUUGGAGUACGACCGCCGCUUCUCCACGUACGGCGAAGACUUCCUCUUCUACGACUACAACGAGCCGCUGUCCCUCUCCAACACGCCUCCUCAGAGCUUCGACUUCGUCCUCGCCGACCCGCCGUACCUCUCCGAGGAGUGUCUGAGCAAAGUUUCCCAAACUGUGAAGUACCUGAGCAAAGGAAAAGUGCUGCUGUGUACAGGAGCCAUCAUGGAGAAAGUGGCCAAAGAGCUCCUGGAUGUGAAAAUGUGCAGCUUCCUGCCAAAACACAACAAGAACUUAUCCAACGAGUUUCGCUGUUUCGUCAACUAUCCGUCUCGGCUGCUGUCCUCAACCUCUGACUGAUCCAGAGAGAGAGAGAGAGACUAAAGGAGGAUCACAACCUGGACUUGUGAAUAAAGGACUCAAAGAUGAACAACUACUUCAUCAUCUGCUGGCUUUUGAUAAAAAACAGUUAUUCAAACCAUGGGAAUAAUAAUUUUGGUUCGUAGUUUCUGUUAGUAUUCAAGCAAAUAUUCAAUGGGUUCAGUUUCUCAAAUGUUUUUAAUAUCAAUUUAAAUUAAAUAUAUUUGGACCUUGGAUCUUUGACUGUAUGAUGAUGGACAUAUUACAAUGUUUUACUAACUUCUUCUGUUGCUGUAAAAGGUGCUGUCAAGUCUUUAUUAAAGUGUGUUUAUACAUCAGUAGGUGGCAGCAUUGAUCAGGUUAUAGCUGAUAAUGACACAUUUCAUUCCACCAUUCAACAUUUGUUUCUUUGACUUUUGAAGGUUUGGCUCCACCCAAAUUACAAACAAGUGUUCUCAUGUAUUGUAUUUUAUCUUACAUGCACACAGUUUACUUAUUCCUGCAUUUUUCUUGGACCAUUUUUUUCAAUUUUUCUGAUUUUAUUGCACAAUUUU